ACACAACUAAGAGAAUAUGAAGCAGGUGAUUCUCGUUUGUGGUAAUUGGAUCUUUGACAACAACAAAUGGUUGUUUGUUGUUGAUAAUGAAAGGGGUCCACGAAUUCUACAAUGUAACGAUCAAAGCAGAUUUGAUGAUUGCAUUGAAAUGGUAUAUGAGGAUUACAUGCUGGAUAACAAGGUAUUUGAUGUUGUCUUGAGUUACAAGAUCUCGAAUAGGUUAUUGCAGGAUUUACCCGGUGAUACACCACCAGUUAUUAUUGAUAAUUCUCGUCAGUUGCACACUUUUCUGGGACAAUUGGAAAGGGAUACAGGUCGACUUUGUGUUGAAGUGAAGAAGAAAAUACAGACUGAUUUGAAUCACAAAGGUAAGAAACGAGGAAGAGAUGAAAAUGAUCAGGUUGGAGAAGAGUAUCUUGAUAUGGCCAGCGACACAAAUGAAGAAGAGAUGGAUGAAGAUGAUAGUAGAUUUGAUUAUUGUGAUGAUUCUGACGGAACAGAUUCUGAUGAUGAGAAUUUUACCCUGUAUGGAAUUCCACCAGAAGAAGAAGAUCAUAAAUUGCCAAUGAAGAAAAGGAGUUCAUCUUUUUAUAUUGAAGAAAAUAAAGAACCAGUUGAUGUCUCAAAGGUAAACUUGUCUUCUGUGAAUUUGGCUGUUGGGCAAAUGUAUGAUACAAAGGAGCACCUAAAAACACGGUUGAAGAUACUAACCUUGGUUAAAAGGUCUGAUUUUUAUGUUUACAAAUCGAGACCAACAUUAUUGAUUGUCAAGUGUUGGGUUAAAGGAUGCAAGUGGAGGGUAACAGCUGCAACAUUAAGACACUUUCCAAAGUUUGAGGUGCGUGUGUUUAUUUCAGCGCAUACAUGUUCAGUAACAGAGCGAUCUAUGCGUGCCCGACAAGCAGAUCAUCAUAUUCUAGGAGAGUUGUACAAAGAUUUUGUUGGUGGAGUUGGUCUCAAGGUACUGCCAAUGCAUGUUGCUGAAGCGUUGAAUAAACGUUUUCAUAUCAAGAUGGAUUAUUAGAAAGCAUAUCGAACGUUAAGGCAUGCUCGUGAGUUGGUCAGGGGUAGUCCAGAGAGUGGUUAUGAGCAGCUUCCUACAUAUUUGUAUAUGAUAAAAGGGCAAAUCCUGGAACUUUUACACAGCUCGAUGUUGAUGAAGCUCAAAGAUUUAAGUACUGUUUUCUAGCAUUUGGUGCAAGCAUACAUGGAUUUCCGUUUUUGAGGAAAGUGGUUGUUGUGGAUGGUAUUUUUUUACAGGGAAAAUACUUAGGGACACUACUGACAGUAACAGCUCAAGAUGACAAUUUUUAGAUUUUUCCAAUUGCUUUCGCCUUGGUUGAUACAGAGAAUGAUGAAUCAUGGGAAUGGUUUUUCAAGCAACUCAGCUGUGUGAUACCUGGUGAUGAAAGCCUUUCCAUUAUUUCUGAUAGGCACAAAUCAAUUGGGAAAGCUAUUAAAAAGGUUUAUCCGAAGUCUAGUAGGGGAAUAUGCACAUACCAUAUGUACAAGAAUAUUUUGGUUCGGUUUAAAGGUCGAGCAGAAUUUGCUUUGGUUAAAAAGGCGGCAAAUGCUUUUAGACUUAUCGACUUUCAAACCACAUUUGAUCAGAUAGAAGCCAUGAAUCCAGCACUACAUGAGUACCUCGUAAGGGCUGAUGUGCGUAUGUGGACUCGUGUACAUUUCCCAGGUGAUAGGUACAACUUGCUUACAAGCAAUAUUGCUGAAUCAAUGAAUAUGUCACAUGCUAGAAGCUUUCCUAUUGUACAACUAUUGGAAGAAAUAAGGUCCAUGAUGACUAGGUGGUUUUCAGAUAGAAGGACUGAUGCAUUGAAGAUGAGAACAGAUUUGACUCGUGGUGUAGAGAAAAUUCUCCAGGGUCGUGUGGACUAUGCUAAGUUACUUACUGUCCAAGAUAUCGAUGCACACCAAGUACAAGUAACAAGUGGAACAUCUCUGCAUGUUGUCAAU